AUGGUCGAUAAUAAACACCGUAAUACUACAUUGAAAAAGCUGGCUCGCUGGACACCUUCUUCCUCACCAUCGCUAUCCAAUCGAGCCAGUGUGAUCCCACCACUUAGUAAUGAUGCACCUUUUGUCAAUAUUCACCAUGACAAGUUACAGCAAGGUGCACUUUAUAUCAUCAAGAUCAAGCAAGUCAGUUUGGCCAUGUUUGAGGGAUGGAAUGAUGAUAUGUGUUGCUUUUCAAUUCUGCGGUCUGAAGUAGAGCCUCUGAGAUGGUCAGAAGCAAGACAAUUACCUGGAGAUUUCGACAUCUACAAUGCAUUUGAUGAAUGUGGCAACCCUCCUAUUCAUUUGUGGUCUCGUUAUUUAAGAACAAGUGUUCCCAGCAACUGGUUUAGCAUGUUUGAAGAAGCUAAACGCAAGCAAAGAAACUGGGCCAUGCAUCAAGAACACAUGCAUCGUCAAAGCCUGGUCCAACAACAGCAAGAACAAGAGCAAGACUACUAUUAUCAACAGCCAGAAGAGAUCCAUGAUAACGUAAGCAUGCCUGCUUAUUCCAACACAGAUGUGUCAUCCAUGCACCUUAACGGCAAUACAAUCACGUCGCCCUCCAUUAUGGCUUCUACCAACGUCGUGGAUCCCAACCUGAUGAACGAGGAACUAGACAGCAAUGCAAGCAGCACUGCUACAGCAGCAGCAACAGCAAUCGCAGCAGGCGGCUUAUAUCACCAACCCUCUGCAACAUCAGUAAUGACCACCACUACAGCUAAUUCAGACAUGAAUCAUAGUAUCAGACGCCCCAUCAUGUCACCCACGCCAUCAUUGCAGCCUUCUGAACGCUCAAAUAGUAUCAUGGACAGAGAGCAAAUCCGUCGUCAUUUAGCGCCAGGACAAGCAACUGUAUCUAACCGACAGAUUGAAUCACCUCAACUGGUUCAUCACAGACCCAAGGAGUACAUUACUCAAAAUGAACCCACGCCGCUUGCUGCUCUGAAUGAUGACAAGAUGGAGUCCAACAUCUCGACUGCAGAAGUGGAUUUUCCUCAUGAUUCCGACCGCUUUUCCAUUCAUUCAGAAAGCAUCACUACCCAUACACCUAGUAGCCCACAACCACCCGCUCAGCAAAGAUCCUUGUCAAGCAAGACCAAUCAUAGUAAAAAUCGAUCUUCAAUGAAAAAGAUGAUUUUUGGCUAA